AUGGUGCUCAACUUCGAAUACGGUAUUAGCACAGGAAAUCGUUUCAUUGAUUUAGUUGAUCAUGACGAAGAUCCUGAUGAUUUUAUUGCCAGUAAAACUCAACCAGAAGAAAAAUCAAAAAAAUCUUCUAAAGAUUCAAAACAAGCAGCUAGUACAUCGAAAAAAAAAACAACGACUAAAACAACAACACCAUCGGUAGCUGCAACUAGCACUACACAAUCUGCCAGUACUACUACUACAGCAAAACCUAAUAAAGAAAAUGUAGCCGGAAAACCAGCAAAUACUGAUCAAAGACGACAACAACAACAACAACAACAAACAACAAAUUUUCCAGCUGAUAAUAAUAAUCAACAAUCACGUGUUGAUAGUGGUCGAGGUGGUCGUGGUUCUUGGAGACGUGGUGGUAGUGCUGGCCAAGAUCGACCCGUGUAUGAAGGUAGCUAUCGUGGCGGUGGUGGUCGUGGUCAAGAUCGACCCGCCUAUGACGGUAACUAUCGUGGUGGUGGUGGUGGUCAACAACGUUUUAAUAAAUUUGACAAUCAACCAGCAACAAAUGAAACAAAUGACUUCGAACAAAGUGGUAAUAAUUGGGAAAAUCAAAAUCAAAAUUUUGGUGGCUACCGUGGUCGCGGCCGAGGUCGAGGUGGACCGCGACGUGGAUUUUAUGAAGGAGGUCGUGGUGAUGGCCGAGGACGUGGUCGCGGUGGACGUGGACGCGGUCACUUUGGAAACCGAAACAAUGAAGACGGUGCACAAGAAACUACUGGACAACAACCGAGUGCCGACUCAAAUGUUGAUAGUACUUUUGCUCAAUCAACUACAAUUGCUAGUCAAGAUGCUGAUACAGUUGCACCACAAUCAGAAGAACAAUUCGGAAGUAAUGAAAUGCGACGAGGUCGAGGCCCUUUUCGCCCGCGAGUUUUUCGUAAUAAUCGUAAUUAUGGUGGUGAUCGUCAAAAUCAAUAUGAACAUGAAGGUGGUGAAGGAGGUCAGGAAAACUAUCGACAAUAUCGUCGUCAACAUGAUCGUCAGCCACGUUCAUAUUCAGGUGUAAAGCCUUUUGAGAAAAAAGAUGGUGCUGGCGCACAUAAUUAUGGUAAACCAACUGAAAAUCCUGAAGAAGCUCGCGCAACGAAUGAAACAACUGAUGCAGCAGAUCAAACAGAAACAGAAGCAGCAGCAGGCGCAUCCAAAGGUUGGGCAGAGCAAGUUGAUGAAGCCGAAAAACAGAUGACAUUAGACGAAUAUAAAAAACAAUUAGAAGCUAAGAAACAAGCUCAACAUGACAAAGUACCUCAAUUUAAUAGACGUACUGCUAAUGAAGGUGAAGAUCCAAAGAAUUGGCAAAAUUUUAAGCAUGUAUAUCGAAAAAAAAACGAUGAGGAAGGAGAAGAAGAAAGUGAAGAAGAAGAAAAUGAAAGUGAAGAAGAAAUUGAUGAAGAAAAUACAGUUGGAAAAAAGAAAAUCAUCACAAUUCAAUUUCGCUUUAAACCUGUUGACCUUCCACGUGGUGGUUAUAGUGGACCUCGCCGUGGUGCAGGUCGUGUUCAUGAUCGAUCAUAUCGAGAUGAUUAUCAAACAUCUAAGUCGCCAAAUCAACAACAAGGACGAUCGUAUCAGCAGAUCGGUGAAUAUAAACCAGAUGAACCACAACAACAACAACAACAACAACAAACAAGACCCUAUGGUGGACCAAGGCAAGGAUCGGGUCGUGGAGAAUAUCGUCGCACAUAUAGAAAUUCUACGCGUGGCGAUCACAAUCGAUCUGCUGUAGACCCUAAUAAAUUUGAUUUUGCCAAUACGCUUGAUUUUCCUAUUCUUUUGAAAGAAGAAAAAUAA